AUCGCCAUGAAGGUCGUGAACACAUUCCAUCCUUCAUCGUCCGUUCUCGACUCGCUGCGAUGCCACCUGACAGGAAAGACCGACACCGACUAUCUGGUCGUCGCAAAUCUCAAUCGAAUACACAUCUCGUCUGUUCAGCCAGAUGGCCUAAGGCAUGAGUGUAGAUUCGAGGUUUGGGGCAGAGUAGGCGCUAUAAAAGCUGUACCAUCAGAGAACAAGCAAUGCAUGACCAUCCUUGUACUGACAGACCAUCCAGAUCCUGAGCUCAUAUUCCUAUCUUAUCAAGCGUCUCAAUCCGGGGGCUUAGAUCUCAUUUACACGAAACAUCUGUCUCUUCUCGAGCGGGGCGCUCGUUUUGCCGAGUUCUUCAACAAUGUGCUGGUCGACCCUACAGGACGACUGGCCGUGGUCAGCCCUUAUACUGGAAAGCUCAAAAUCGUGCUUAUAACUCCAGAAGGGACUUAUGACACGGACUUUGACGUAUCAAUAGCUGAGUUGAAUUUGUUGGCCCUAGAGUUCAUUUCCUCAGAACCUGAUCUUUACACAUUGGCCAUCAUGCAUAUCGACCAUCUAAAACGUUUGCAGCUCUUGUCUCGUGAUAUCAGCUUGGAUGAAUAUCAGCUUUCUCCGACGCCCUCGCCUGCCCUUCCCAGUACUCCUUUAUCUGCAAAAUCUUUCCCGAUAGGUGAUAAGCCGCCUUCUUUGGUUUACAUUCCACCAUUCAUAGACGACGACGAGGACUUCAUUGGAGGUAUGCUUGUCAUCGGGGGCACAAAGAUCUUGUUUUAUGAUACAUCAUCGAGAGAGUCUCAAGGGAACAGGAAGCAGAAACAGCGAAGGAUGGACAAGGGGAAGGAUUCAACAGUAAAGGAGCUAGCUAAAGCUAAGCAGAAAGAAGAUGAAAGGGAGUGGAGAAAAAAAAAGGCUAGAGCAAGCGUGGACUGGCCAUGGAGCGAAAUAACUGCCUGGUGUGCCGUUGGUGAUGAACUGGGUCGAUCAUUUUUGAUCGGCGACAAGUAUGGGAGACUCGCCAUGCUAUCCAUCGGUAUUAACGAAGGGACGACACUUACUCUAGUUGCUCUUGGCGAGACAUCUUCAGCUACAACUCUGACUUAUCUAACAAGUCAAGUUUUAUACGUCGGCUCUCAUUUCGGUGACUCUCAGCUGCUCCGAAUCAAUACGACGCCUGUUCAAAGCCUGGAAUCCCCCACGCUGCCGGUCCCGUCUGACAUCAAUACCACAACUUCAUCGUCGUUGGCAGCCAAAGGAAAGAUGGAGGAAAGUUCCGAUCGGAGUGGAGGAUGCAUCAUCAACGGUCGCGGUAGCUUUUUGAGCGUGAUCGAGAGUUACAAAAAUAUUGCUCCCAUCAUAGAUGCUGCAUUAGUAGAUGUGGACAACAGCGGACAACAUGCCGUCGUCACUUGCUCCGGAGGGCAAAACACUGGAUCCAUUAGCAUCGUUCGCAAUGGUGCCGACUUCAAGGCUAUGGCUAAUAUGGAAGGCAUUGUUGAUGUCACUAAUAUCUGGCCUCUCAGAGCCAAUUACUACGAUACUGUCGAUACUCACGUCGCAGUAUCGACCUUCAAGGCUACACACAUACUUUCAUUCGACGGAAGAAAUGUUGCGUCUCAUGUCAAUCCAGUCUCAAAGGGGUUCAUUACUACCUCUCCCACCCUCGUCAUCGCGAACGUUUUAGGACGUCCGAAGGCUCCGGGUCAAGCGACAAACUCAUAUGUUGAUUCAUCGCUUGUUGUUCAGAUAACUUCAAGGGGCAUCGCAUUACUCGAAUAUGCUGUGGAGCUGGGGGAAUACGCUCGCGUAGGUGAUAUCUGGACUCCAGCCAAAUUAUCUAGCACAAAUGGGCCAGGGUGGGAAAACAGAGAAAUUGUAGCUGCUAGUGCCAAUGGCAGCCAGUUCGUUUUAGCGCUGAACAGUGGAAGGAUUGUUUUACUUAAUCUGGAUGACCGUAAUUGCUUCGAUUGCUUGAACUGGCGGGACCUUGACGGUUCAUCGAAUUAUCCGACUGAGAUAUCCGCUAUUUCUUGUGUACCUUUGAACCCCUCAAAGAAAUUCUCCAUGUACAUCGUCGUCUCGUUCUGGUCAUCGAACCACAUAGAAAUUCUCUCUGCGAACGCGGCAUCACACUUCGCAUCAAUCUGUAAAACACCUGUCUUACCAUCACUUCCACGAUCCUUGCUCUUGUUCAAUUUCACUCGCUCCGAUAUUCCGAAACAAACCGAGUACAAUCAGUACCUCAUCGUAGGAUUGGGGGACGGGUCCGUCGUUUCUUACGAAUUCAAAAAGGAGGAACUGCACGGCCAAAAAAUAUUUUCCGUGGGCAAUGUUCCUGUAACGCUGCAUCCUUGCGACGUUGAAGGCAGACGUACGGUUUUUGCAUGCGGAAGCAGAACGUCAAUAUUGUUCUGGGACAAGGAACGUCUACACCAUUCACCGUUGAUGCUGAAUGAGGUUAGCGCCGUGUCGAGGUUGAACACGACGGUUUUUGAUUCUUCAGUUAUUCUGGCCACCUCCACAGGGCUUGUCAUCGGUUCCGUAAAGAACCUGGACAAGCUCUACAUCCGUUCUAUCCCCCUUGGGUAUGAUAACCCCCGUCGUAUAUUGCAUGUGCCAUCUCUACGAGCGUAUGCAGUGGGUUGCAUCUCUAUCACGCCCACCAGAAUCGACAAAGCGGAGUAUACUUCAAGCUCUAUGCAACUCUUUGAUCAUACAACAUUCGCAAGAUUGGGUCAAUUCAGGUGUGACCCCAAUGAAGAGAUAACAGCACUCGGUGUGGUAUCCGUUACGUUGGAGCGCAGCAUAGGAACGUAUAUUUGUGCAGGAACGUACAAAUAUGUGGAUGAGGUGGAGCCUUCUCAGGGUCGUCUAUUGGUCUUUGAUGCCGAAGACGGUAGUCUAUUGCGGGAGAAAAUCACAAUGGCAGUCUCUCUCGAGGUUCGAGGCUGCGUCUAUGCCGUAGGGUCCGUAAAUGGGAUGAUAAUAGCUGCCAUCAAUAGUUCGGUCGUCGUCUACCGCCCCGAGAUUGAUGCUAGCACCCAGCUGCUGGCUCUGCACAAGAUCACGGAAUGGAAUCAUAACUACCUCGUUACCAACCUGGUUUGUCGCGGAGACAAAAUCCUUGUGGGAGAUGCCAUCAACUCCAUCUCGUUUUUGAGAAUGGUGGAAUCUCAGAUCCAAUGUCUUGCCAGGGAUUAUGGGUCUCUAUGGCCGGUCUGCGUAGAGAUGCUGGAUCAAAGCAGUAUCAUUGGCGCCAAUAGCGAUUACAACCUUUUCACGUUUGCACUACAAGAAACGGAACUUCGUAAAAGUCUGGAGCGCGAUGGAAGUUAUUACAUUGGCGACAUGGUCAACAAGUUCAUCCCAGGGGCCCUAACUGCGCACGACGUAUCCGUCGACAUGCCACUCGAACCUAAGCAGCUCUUCUUCACAUCCACGGGUUGCAUUGGCGUCAUCGUGGAUAUGGGCGACGAACUCUCUUUGCAUAUGACAGCUUUGCAACGGAAUAUGUCCACGUACCUAUCGCAAACGAAGGGUGUCACCCACACGAAGUUUCGCGCCCCAAAGAACGCCUACGGUCGCAGCGAUGCAGAAGCUACCUCGUUCGGCUUCCUCGACGGCGACUUCCUCGAAAAAUUCAUGCAAUUCCUGAAUGACCCUGGACCAUUGAAGAGCAUUAUGGAUGGGCAAGGAGAAGCCGAACGUCUUACGAUUUCUGUGGAUAGAAUACACAGAGUACUGGAAAGGUUGCAGAGCAUGCAUUGAUGUGAUGAUGUGUAAUCCAUACAUUUGUAUUUCAAAGAGAUGAAUCACGAUUGUUCUAAAUUUUUGCUUAUGUAUAACAAGUUCCAGUAAUAGUGGGUAACCCGACUAUCGCUGAUGAUGGUCACUACGAUCGCAGAAAAGAGAACAUUUGGGUAACAGCUGAUAGGGGUUGGUUCCAGUCGACGGCCGUUUCUU